AUGGGGCUUCUUGAUCAGCUUUGGGAUGAUGUUGUGGCCGGGCCUCAGCCCGAACGCGGCCUCAAACACCUCAAGAAAGGCUACACCAACAACUUGAACAUCAAAGACAUUGGAGAGGGUAGCAGCGGGCCCAAGUACGCCAGGUCACUGUCCAUGCCGGCGAGUCCCGGGACGCCUCCGACGCCGGGAACGCCGUCGCCGACGGCGGCCAACGUGUGGCGGAGCGUUUUCAACCCGGGAAGCAACCUGGCCACUAAGAGCAUCGGGUCGGAUUUCUUUGACAAGCCACAGCCCAACUCUCCCACUGUUUACGACUGGUGCACGCGCUUCUCUUUUCACUCGAACGAAGCCACACUCUCAAUUACCUCCCUCUCGUCGCUGACUCCGUCUCCCCACCACCUCACCACCGCCUCCACCGACCGCGGCCGUCACCGAGACCUCCUCCGCCCAUUCGGCUCAAUGCCCUCCCAGAAGCGCUCGCCGGAGGCCGCCACUCCGCCUCCUUCUCCUCCGCCGCCGCCCGAGGAAGAAAAACCCGAUGAUUCGCUCCAAGGCAGCGAGAAUCACAACCAGAAGCUGAGCGACAGCGAGAAAGAUAUUUUUCCUGUGGAUUCCAGAGAUAUUACUGUGAAUUUGGCAGAAAUACGGAAGGAUGUCCAAUGCCCCAUAUGUUUAGGUAUCAUUAGGAAGACAAGGACUGUCAUGGAGUGCUUACACCGUUUCUGCAGAGAGUGCAUUGACAAAUCCAUGCGCCUAGGGAACAAAGAAUGUCCAGCAUGCCGCACUCAUUGUGCCAGCCGCCGUUCUUUAAGGGAUGAUCCAAACUUUGACGCCCUCAUUGCCGCUCUGUUUCCCGAUAUUGAUAAAUAUGAGGAGGAGGAACUGGCUUUCCAUGAAGAGGAGAUGGCUCGCAAUAAGCAGAUCCAAGCUUCAAUUUCACAGACAUUUCGCCGGCAGGCGGAAGCACUUGGAAAGAAACAAGCACCACCUAGAGUGACAGGAGCCGCUUUUUCUAGACGUCAGAGCACUUACCGGAACUCGAGAGGAAGGCCAACCCAUCGGGUUUCUGAGAUCCAUGACUCUGAUGAAGACGAAGGAACUAAUGGCAGCAAAGAUUCAUCCUCUGCUGAGGAUCGCUCGCCUGAAGUAAAAUCAAAAAGGCACAAAAGGUGGGGAGGUCGGUCCUCACAGCAGUCAUCGGGGGCCAAUCCAGAUGACGACAACGAGCCGGAAGCCAGCAGAGUACUGCUUGGUGCUUCAGCCGGGCUUAUAGGGGGCACUGAGAUUCUUGCCUGGGGAAGAGGUCGCUUGCGGAGUAACACAAGGCACGGUGGGCAUGGUCGGGCCAACGGCAAACUGUCAAGGAAUAACAGGCUCAUGAAGCUGAUAGAGCAUCUCAAAAGUGCAAAUGAUAAUGAUGAGUUGAAUGUUAAUCUCACGCUUGUUUCGCUGACUGAUGGGAAAGUACCCUGCCUGAAGCGGCCCUAUCUAUGCUGUAGCCAGAACUCAUCAGUUGGACACUUGUGCCAGUAUGUUGCUAUGCAGACAUCCACCGAAGCUGAUAAAAUAGAAAUUUUGAUGGUAAAAGAUUUUCCUCCUGUGAACAUCUCUUCUAGUUUCAAAGGUGAACUUGGCAUUGUGAAUCCCUGUCUCAACGAGAUGGAGCUGUUGAACGAGGAACAAAUGUUGGGGGAAAUUCGUGCCAAUUUUACUCAGCAGAACCUGGUUUUGGCUUACCGUGAAAAGGCACAAGUCUAA